GAGAAGACAUUUCAAAUAGAUAUAAUUAUGUUAUGUGAGAAAAUAUUAUGAUAUGGCAAAAAUAUCUGUAGUAAACACAUGUACGAAAGCCAAAAAUGUAUUAUCGUUGAGGACAAACGAUGCUCCCACGAUUUGGUCUUCCCUGAAUGGAAUUAUUAACGUUUUCAAACCUGCUGGAAUCAGUGUAUUUCGUAUCAGCAAUACAAUUAUUGCUAACAUUUGCAGAGAUUUGAACGAUCAACAUGUGAGACCUCCAAGGAAAAUAAUUGCAAUAGACAACAAAACAGAUUGUUAUGAAGUUUCUGUAAGAGAAAGUUUUGCUGAUAACACUUUGGUAGUAGGGCCGAGAUAUCAAAUGCAAGAUGUGAAGAUUAACCCAGCUGCAUCAUUAGGACGAAAUACAAGUGGUUUAUUAUUACUUGGGGUUAAUAGUGGUUGCAAAUUGGCUAAUCUGAUAUAUAGAAACAAACCGACAAGAGCAUAUCAAAUUACCGGCAAGUUUGGAGAAGCUACGGAUAAUUAUUUUUCUACAGGCAAAAUAGUGGAAAAAGCUACUUAUCAUAGAAUACGCAGAAGCAAUAUUGAUUCAUUACUCGCAUCAAUGCAAGCAUCACACCAAAAAAAAAUGUUUGAGCAAUGUGGAGUUGAUUUAGAAUCUCAAGCGGCAUAUGAACUAGCAAUAAAAGGUCCAAUCAGACCAGCAGAAUAUAAAUUACCUGUUGUGUAUGGAUUAAAAUGUAUAGAUUUUUCCCCACCAUACUUUACGAUAGAGGUACAAUGCAUAAAUGAAUAUGAGCAAUAUUUAAUGACAUUGAUACAUGAUAUUGGGUACCACUUGCAUUCUGUAGCACAUUGCAAUAAAAUCAGAUGCAUUAGACUUGGACAUUUCCGAGUUGAUGACUCAUUGUUAAGAGGAUAUUGGAAUUUACAAGGAUUUACUACUUCAAUUACUAUGUCAAACAAAAUUCUAGAGAAACAUCCAGAAAUGUUGAAACAAUAUGAACCUUCUUUAGGUUAAAAAAUAAUCAACUAC